GUUACGAUUUUAUUGCAAGGUCAGUCAGCAAGACAACGCCACUUUUUUUCGUGAAUAUUCACCAAAAUACUUACAUUAAUUUAUAGCACUUAACCUUCCAUCGUGUUUAUUAGAGUAGAUGCCAGUCUGAGGUCGUCCAGGGAUAUAUUUUAUAGAAGCUCAUCUCUCAGUUACAUUUUAAAUGCAAAAUUAAAUUAGAAACUCAAAUUGGUGAAUGGGUGAAUGGAAGAGUGUAAGCCCUACGGAGGUGUAAAUCACUCAAGGACCAUAUCUGCUAUGUAUACAAUGGGAGUUUUAAGAUUCUUUUUGGUGGUAGCGUUUUUCUUGGAUUCAAGCUUAUCACAAGUAGAACAAGACAGGGCCUGCCAUGUCAAAGAUUUCUGCAAGUAUAAAUGCCGGUGCAUUAAACCAUGUCAAGCUGAUUUCAAGUGUGCAACCAACGAUAAAUGUCAAAGUGGAUGGUUCGGUUUCAGAUGCCAAUACCAAGAUUUGGCUGUGUUUGGAGCCACAGUUACAACCAACCCGCCAGGAAUGUACACAGACUGGUUGACAGAUGAAAACGACUAUACCUGUAACACUGCAAAAGACUUGAACUCUAUUACAGUCACGUGGGCCAAAUUAGAAGCUAUUCCUUUGACGUGGUGGAGGAUAACUGUAAACGACCCAAGAUUUCUUGUAAAUGUUCAGUUGCAAUUUACCAGAGAGGGAAAUUUUGAGUUUGAGAAGUCGUCAUGUCGAAAUGAGACAAUUUCUGAAGUGAGCGACAAAUCGAUAGACAGGCGAUGUAAUGAUGAUGUGAUGAUAACAUCUUUAACUUUAUCUGGAAAUCUGUCAUCUUUAUGUUCUUUUUAUAUCAGUGGAGGUCGAAAUGUCGCAUUCAAUCAACACGCCUGGCAGUCAUCUAGAGUUCCAGAGAUAAAUGGGUCGGCCGAUUUAGCUGUUGAUGGCAAUACAGAGUCAAAUUAUUUUAGAAAUAGCUGCACGCAUACAAAGACAGAGAGUUCCCCAAGCUGGACUCUAACUUUACAAAGCAGCUACGUUAUCCAAAGAUUCAUCAUUUAUAACAGAGGGGAUGGCUAUUCAGAAAGACUUCGUGGAUUUUGGGUUAAAACUUACGAUGCCAGUAGAAGCGAGAUCGGAUAUUACAAAGACAAAGGUGUUUUAGAUAAGGUUCCAAUCUACUAUGUCAACCUAAAGAAGGUGAGCAGCGCAGUCAAUUACAUUUCAAUUCGGUUGAACGGAACCUACGGCAUACUCACCCUGUGUGAAGUGGAAGCAUAUGGAGAGUGUCCUGCGGGUAAAUGGAGUCUACCCUGUAAUAAACAAUGCCCUACUUCAUGUCCUAAAGACUGUGACAGGGACACUGGAAAGUGUAACACUGUAUGUAUUGGAUACAGUAAUCCACCGCAGUGUGAUUCAGUCUGCUCAAUUGGAAAGUGGGGAGUUAACUGUCGCAAUAACUGUAGUAACAAAUGUGCUAGCUCCAUCUGUGAUAGUAAAACCGGACUUUGCAACCAAGCUUGUCUCGGAUACAGUGAUCCCCCUUACUGUAACACUGUCUGCUCGGUUGGAAAAUGGGGAGUUAACUGUCGCAAUAACUGCAGUAACAAAUGUGAUGGCUCCAUCUGUGAUAGAAAAACAGGACUUUGCAACCAAGGUUGUCUCGGAUACAGUGAUCCCCCUUACUGUAAUAUUGCCUGCUCUGCUGGAAAGUGGGGAGUUAACUGUCGCAAUAAUUGCAGUAACAAAUGUGCUAUCUGUGAUAGUAAAACGGGACUUUGCAACCAAAGUUGUCUCGGAUACAGUGAUCCCCCUUACUGUAACACUGAAUGCCCAAAAGGACAAUGGGGAGUGAAUUGUACUAGUACAUGUAAUGAAAACUGCAACGACAAAUCAUGUGACCAGAAAGAGGGCAGCUGUAACUCUGGGUGUGUUGAAGGAUAUCAGCCUCCAGACUGCUUACAAAAAAUAUGUAGUCUAGAAAUGAACAGUUUUGCAAUAGGAAGCGCAGCCGGAACUGGAGUUACUGUUCUUGUCAUCCUAGCCUUGUUGCUUAUUAAAACGUUGGUUACCAAAGGUAGACAAAAGAAAAAAUUGGAUUCAGUUUAUGAUCAAACGAAUCUUCAUCCGGACGACAGUCAACAUUAUGAUCAAUUUUUUAAAACUGAUCAACAAAAUGAAGAUGUAGCAAAUAUCUACGAGGAAAGUGUAUAGCCAUUAGAACAAUUAGACACAAGUUAUGUCAGAUAUAAAUGAAAUAAUGUCUUCACAUAAACUACAAAUAACCUUAUUUGUUUUUUUUUUUGUUUGUUUGUUUUUUAUGUAAAAUAUAAAUGGAAAUAAAGUUAGGUAACAGAUUAAAUCAAAA